CCCGCGCGCGCAACCCCACACCCACCCACUCAUCCACCUACCCACUCCCUGCGCCGCCUCCUCCCACCCUGAGCAGAGCCGCCGAGGAUGAUAAACACCCAGGACAGUAGUAUUUUGCCUUUGAGUAACUGUCCCCAGCUCCAGUGCUGCAGGCACAUUGUUCCAGGGCCUCUGUGGUGCUCCGAUGCCCCUCACCCACUGUCGAAGAUCCCCGGUGGGCGAGGGGGCGGCAGGGAUCCUUCUCUCUCAGCUCUAAUAUAUAAGGACGAGAAGCUCACUGUGACCCAGGACCUCCCUGUGAACGAUGGAAAACCUCAUAUCAUCCACUUCCAGUAUGAGGUCACCGAGGUGAAGGUCUCUUCCUGGGAUGCAGUCCUGUCCAGCCAGAGCCUGUUUAUAGAAAUCCCAGAUGGAGUAUUAGCUGAUGGGAGCAAAGAAGGAUUGUUAGCACUGCUAGAGUUUGCGGAAGAGAAGAUGAAAGUGAACUACGUCUUCGUCUGCUUCAGGAAGGGCCGGGAAGACAGAGCUCCACUCCUGAAGACCUUCAGUUUCUUGGGCUUUGAGAUUGUACGUCCAGGCCAUCCCUGUGUACCCUCUCGGCCAGAUGUGAUGUUCAUGGUUUACCCCCUGGACCAGAACUUGCCCAAUGAGCACUAAUGGUCAGAGGAUGCUUUGCCCAAGAGCCACAGUGGGGAAAGAGGGAAAGUUAGGCAGCCCUGGGACAGAGGAGGGGGCCCCUCGCUGUCUAGGGAAGGACGCUGAGGGGCUCAGAGUGAGGGUUGCCUAUUGUGUUCUUGGAGUUGACUCGUUGAAAUUGUUUUCCAUAAAGAACAGUAUAAACAUAUUAUUCACAUGUAAUCACCAAUAGUAAAUGAAGAUGUUUAUGAACUGGCAUUAGAAGCUUUUUAAACUG